AAAAUCCCCUGAGCUUUAGUAAGCCAUCUGCAAUACUAGUUGUAUGCUAUAGGGAUAGCUAACCAUCAAUAAUGGAUUCAUCAAAAAAGUCACUUUCACUUGCAUUGUUUUUCUCCUUUAACCUUCUUUUCUUUACCCUUGUAAGUGGUUGCAACAAUGGUUGCCCAUACAUCCCAACUCCCAAGCCCAACCCCAACCCAAAUCCGAGCCCGAACCCAAGCAAGGGACAUUGCCCCAGGGAUGCCCUAAAACUAGGGGUAUGUGCCAAGUUGCUGAACGGAAGUAUUGGCACGGUGGUCGGAAACCCGCCGGAUCCGCAUUGCUGCUCGGCCCUCGGCGGUCUCCUGGAUCUGGAGGCGGCUAUCUGCCUUUGCACCGCCUUGAAAGCAAACAUUCUUGGGAUCAACCUCAACAUUCCUAUCUCUCUCAGCUUGCUGCUUAACACCUGUGGCAAACAGCCGCCUUCUGACUUCAUCUGUGCCUGAGAAUUGAAGUUCAUUUCAUUUUAACUUUAGUGAUUCUACUAUCGCAAUUGGUAGUGCCAGUUUAGGAUUUUUCGAUGAUUUUUAUGCUGUUAGCGUUUUUGGAAUCGGAUUAUUGUUGUGUCUGUCUGUCUGUCCAGCCAUCAGCGGCCAUUAGUUCACAACUGCUUUUGUUAUUAUUGUUUCAUGCAUGAACAUGUAUCGUUUUCUUAUUAUGUAAUGGCAAUGUGGGUUUUCUUAUGCUUA